CAAUCGUCGAUUUGUCAUGUCUGGCCAUUCUCAAUUGAACUUGGCCACUCGAAACUCACCUACCACUGUUGCUCUGAUCACUAGUCUCGCAGCAUCAAUAUUCCCGAUCUCACUGAUAUGGAAAUUCCGUUGGAAUAGCAGAUUCGGGCUCGAUCAUCUUCAUUUACUUCUUAUUCAACUCCUCUUCUUUAUCUUAGCUCUCCGAUUUUCACCUCGGGCUCGGAACCAAGCACGUACUACAUCAUUGCCUGUACCUCAUUCUCGCACCAAAUCUCAAAGCAAGCCUAAAAGUGAUAGUCAACCGAUCAAAUCAACCGAUCAGAAGGAAGACGUGCAAGAUGAACUACAUCAGAAAACAAUUAAGACUUUACUUGAAGUUGUGGAGCCCCGCUUACUUCCCGCUGAUCACCCUAGGGGCCCUCAAACAUCCGCUGGUCUUUCUGAUUGGCAACCGAUCUUUGCAGAUGCACCGGAAUCGAUCCAUGUCCUUCAACAUCCCACUAUUCAAUCUCUUUACGCUGUGAGGACAAUCAUGGAUGACGUGGAUGUUGAACGACUGUCACGAUGUCUGCGUAAGAAGAAGCAAUGGGAAUGGGAUCGAAUGUGUGAAGGUGGAGGAGAUUUGGAAGAGAAAGUAAGUUGGGUACGAUUAAAAGGGUCCUGGCCUAUCAAGUGUCUUAUCUCAGCCUAAGCAAAUGGUCAUGUACGCUACCAGUG